AGAGAGAGCUCUUCUAGAGAGAGAAAGCGUGUCAACUUUACAGAGGAGGAGAGAGAGAGAGAGAGAGAGAGAGCAGAAUUCGUCCCUUUCAUCCCCACUUCCGGAGAGAGAAACCGCCCGCUCAUCUUUGCCAUUUCCGCCAUUUGCGUGGCCUUGCUCGGCAAUGAUCGACUAGCCAACCCCGCGAGAGAUUCCCUUAGUCGCCUUUUGAGGGUUCGGUUUCUUACUGCUGUUUCACUGGUGUGUGUCGCUGGGUGUGUUUGACUUGCUGAGCUUAGCUCUCAAUUUUUAGUUUCCGGGGAGCUCCGCUGGUCUGGGAUUUGGUGUUCUCCGGUGAGGCAUUGUGGUGUGUAUGAGCGAGAAUGGGGGAUACUGAGGAUGUUAACAGUGAGAUGAUGAGGGGUCUGCACUUGCAGUCUCCGUUCGGGGCUUCGCAUUCGGGUUCGAUCCCGAAGCAGCCCAUGCCGUUUAACCACCAGCUCGAUAUCCCCCAGCUGAAUCCCGCCCAAUUUAGAGCUCAAAUGCGGCAUUUGUCGCCCGGUUUCAGUGCGGAUGGCAGCAAGAGAGUCGGGAUUCCGCCGUCCCACCCCAACCAGAUGCCGCCAAUCUCGCCUUUCUCCCAGAUCCCGGUGUCCCGCCCCUCAAACCAGCAGGUGGGUCCGCCGAGCAUGAUCCCAGGCCCCACACACUCGCGGUCCCUGUCGCAGCCCUCGGUCUUUUCUUUCGACUCCCUGCCUCCGCUCAGCCCCUCCCCAUUUCGUGACUCUCCUGGCUCGGCGGCGAUGUCGGACCAUGUUUCUUCCGGGGAUGUCUUGAUGGCUAACCGAGAUGCGAGCCCACAUUCUCUGUUGCCACCUUCUCCCUUCACGAGGGGAAACCCUUCUCAGGCUGGUGAGAGCUUGCCACCUCGGAAGGCGCACAGGCGUUCCAACAGUGAUAUCCCGUUCCUUUCUUCCUUGAUGCAAUCUUCACCGCCUCUUAUACCGUCUCGGGGUCUAGGCGGUCUCGAGCGAUCGGUGUCAGGUAGAGACAAUAUGAGUGCCGCUAAGCCAAUUCAGUUGGUCAAAAAGGAAUCAAGCUGGGACAGAACAGGCGGUGAGAUGAACACGGAAGGAAUGGGAGAGAGAAAGUCGGAAGGGGAAGUUGUGGAUGAUUUGUUCUCUGCAUACAUGAAUUUAGACGGGAUCGAGGCUCUGAACUCUUCUGGGACAGAUGAGAAGACUGGUAAUGAGACUUAUGAGGAUUUAGACAGUCGGGCUAGUGGAACAAAGACAAAUGGAGGUGAAAGCAGUGAUAAUGAAGCGGAAAGCAGUGUGAAUGAGAGCAGCAAUAGCAUGCACAAAACUGGAACCAGUUCUUCGGCGGAGAAGAGGGAAGGGAUUAAGAGAAGUGCUGGUGGCGAUAUUGCUCCAACUACCAGACAUUACAGAAGUGUUUCCAUGGACAGCUUCAUGGGAAAGCUGAAUUUUAGUGAUGAGUCACCAAAAUUGCCUCCUUCUCCAGGAGUUCGUCCUGGGCAGCUAUCUCCCAGCAACUCAAUUGAUGCAAAUUCAAAUGCCUUUAGUUUGGAGUUUGGGAAUGGUGAGUUUAGUGAGGUUGAAAUGAAGAAGAUUAUGGCUAGCGACAAACUUGCUGAAAUAGCAAUGUCUGACCCGAAACGAGCUAAAAGGAUAUUGGCCAAUCGCCAGUCAGCUGCUCGUUCCAAAGAGAGGAAAAUGCGUUACAUUUCGGAGUUGGAGCACAAAGUCCAAACUCUUCAGACUGAAGCUACCACACUGUCUGCUCAGCUUACCCUUCUUCAGAGAGAUUCUGUUGGGUUGACUAAUCAGAAUAAUGAGCUGAAGUUCCGGCUUCAAGCAAUGGAACAGCAGGCACAGCUCCGUGAUGCGCUCAACGAGGCAUUGACAGCAGAGGUCCAGCGCCUGAAACUCGCCACAGCUGGUUUGAAUGGGGACUCGAACCCUUCGUCAAAGGUGAUGGUCUCACAGCAGCUCACUGGGAAUGCUCACAUGUAUUCUCUGCAUCAACAGCAACAGCAGCACUCUUCUCAUGUGAACAUUCACCAGCUCAACCAGCCUCAGGAGCAUCAGCCUUGUUCUCAGCAGCAGCAGCCUCCUCAGCAGCAGGAAAAUGGCAACAUGAACUCGAAGCCAGAAUCGAACCAAUAAGUCUUGGGCAGGAAGAUGAUUUGGACGACCUCGGGUUUCUUGUGGGUUGUAGCUCAGCUCCCUUUCUUUCAGUUUCCCCGCAUUCAUUCAUUAGUUUUUGUCCCUGUCCGCUUCCAUCUCUCUUGGGAGGGGGGAGGGUCCUAAGAAUUGCAAAGUGCACGUCUUUAGUAUGAACUUUGGCGAUUAUGAAAUCUCGUCAUAUGAUUACGAGCAAGUCACAUAGAAGAUUUCCUUGAGCACCUAAAUAAUUCAUAUAACUAUAGAGUCUAUAUGGUUUACUUUCUGGGUAGACAUUUAUGCCGUGAUGUAAACAGUCUUCGAUUAUACAUAUAUAUUGCAUAUAUUUAUAUGUUUUCUUA